AAUAGAUUUUUAAUAAAUUUUUCUUGACCGGUAGAAGUAAUCCAAUCCCACUCACCGAAGCAUAGUUGACUAACCAAUUCUCUUCUCUCCCAGUCAGACACUCUAAAUCUAAACCAACACACGACAAGCAAGCAAGAAAGAAAGCAUGUCGAACUCCAAAACUCACAUCCUUGUAUUCCCAUACCCAGCACAAGGUCACAUGCUCCCACUCCUUGAUCUCACUCACCACUUAGCCCUCCAAACAACCUUAACCAUUACCAUCAUCAUAACUCCCAAAAACCUUCCCACUCUAACCCCUCUCUUAUCCACACACCCAAACACCAUCCAAACACUCAUCCUCCCUUUCCCUUCACACCCCAAAAUACCCUCGGGUGCAGAAAACAUUCGUGAAGUUGGAAACAGCGGAAAUUACCCCUUCAUUAACGCCCUAUCCAAUCUCCAAAAUUUAAUAAUCCAAUGGUUUAACACCCACCAUAACCCCCCUGUUGCUCUCAUCUCCGAUUUCUUCCUUGGCUGGACUCACCAACUCGCUACUCGACUCAGUAUUCCCAGAAUCGCUUUUUACUCAUCUGGCGCUUUGUUGACUUCCGUUAUCAACUACUGCUGGAAGGACCCACUGCUCUUCCAAUCGCGUGAAGUAACUAACUUCGCCGAAAUUCACGGAAUGCCGUCGUUUCCGCGCGACCACCUUCCUAGCUUGUUCCGCCGCUACAUUGAAUCGGACCCGGAAUCAGAGUUUAUAAAGGAGAGUUUCGUUUCGAAUUCAUUAAGCUGGGGUUUCGUUUUCAACACGUUUAGAGCGCUUGAAGGUCCUUAUUUGGAUCAAUUGGAGGCCCAAUUUGGUAACCGAAGGGUUUUUGCUGUUGGCCCGCUGGGUUAUAGUCGGGUCAAAUCCGACCAGGAUGAAGGAUCCGAGGUUUUACGGUGGCUGGACCGGUUGGACGAGGAAGGUUCGGUGUUGUACGUUUGCUUUGGUAGUCAGAAGGUAAUGAGAAAGGAGCAAAUGGAGGCUUUGGCAUUUGGGUUGGAGAGAUCCGGGACCCGAUUCGUUUGGGUGGUUAAGGAGGCUUCUACGGCGGAGCAGGUGGAGAAAGGUUAUGCUUUGGUCCCGGACGGGUUUGAGGAUCGGGUUUCAGGUAGGGGGAUAGUGGUAAAAAGUUGGGCUCCACAGUUGGCGAUAUUGGGUCAUCGGAUGGUGGGCGGGUUCUUGAGUCAUUGCGGAUGGAAUUCGGUGUUGGAAGCGGUUGUGGCUGGAGUUGGGAUUCUUGGGUGGCCAAUGGAGGCUGAUCAGUAUGUGAAUGCAAGGCUGUUAGUGGAGGAUAUGGGAGUAGCGGUUAGGGUUUGCGAAGGGGCAGAUUCUGUACCCGACCCAGAUCAACUGGGUCGGGUAAUAUCCGCGGUUAUGAGUGGGGAUAGUUCCCAAAAGAGAAGAGCUAAGUUGAUGAAAGAAGAAGCUGUUGGCGCUGUGAGCAAGGAUGGAGUUUCCUUUAAGGAGUUGAAUGAACUUAUCCAAGCCUUGAAGCAGCUUGGUGUUAAAGAAGGAUCAUAGUGGUAGAGAGAGUAGAAUAAUCCUUGGUAUAAUUAUCAACUAAGAGCAUAGAUUCUUGUUGGAAUAAUGUUUUUGAAUAACAUUAUAUUAAUAAUAUUGUAUGUUUGAAAUUUGAAUAGUCAUUGUGUAAAAAGUAAUUUCAAGCAAAACAUUGUUUUGGUUCUACGUAAUUCGGUAGUAGCGAUCUUUGAUUGUAUUUUUAAUACACUAAACUCUGUUUUGUUGCAUAUUACGUAUUGAUAGUCCAUCAAAAGUGCUUAUAGCUCAA